AUGCAUAGAAUUUGGCGCAAUGCAAUGAUCAAGGAUCUUGAAGUUGAAAUAUAUGCGUGUAAUAUAGAUCAAUUAAUAUCAAUAAAAUUUAAAGAUGGGAUCGCUCUUUCUAAAAUUUUAGAAACUAUAUUGGAUAAUGCAAAAAUAAGGAUAUAUGGGAAAUUAACAGUUCUUUUUCAUAUUAUAAAUUUGAAUGAUUUUCUGCAAACUAAUCAAAACAUUGAACUUUGUAUGUUGUUUGAUCCACCAACCUUUAAAUAUAGGCUUAGAAAUAUUUCGAUUACUUUAAAUAGCGAUAAUGUUUCUCGAGCAUGGCAUUCUCACUUACCUUCUCAAAUUGAACCAGUAGAAAAUCUAAAUGAAACGAUAAAGAUAUUAAUCUAUAAUCCACUGAAUUUAGCAAAAAUAGAAGUUUACCUAGAAAUUAAAUUCUAUACUUCAAAUAAAAAUUCUUCAAUAAAUCUCUUAGCAAACCUUUCUUAUCAACCAGCAAAAUACGUUAUUAAUAUCGAAUCGCAAAAUUCAGAUGGCAUUGAUGAUAAAUUUCCAACUAUUGAAGAAAUAUUACAGAGUUUGAAUCUCUAUGAAGCAUUUAUAGAAUUAGAAAAUUUUUCUCCUAUUAUUUGGAAUAAUAUUCUUGAACGGCUGCAUAAUAUCAAAUUUCACUAUCUUAAUUUGCAGGUUCAAAAAGAACAAACUACCGAAUAUAAAGUUAAGGAUUUCAAACUUGGUGUCUUAAUUCCAUGCUUCGUAAUCAAAAAAGAUUUAAUAGAAUUCAAACAAACAUUUCUUGAUCUUGAAUAUUCAGAUAAAAAAUGGUUUGGAGAAAUUAAUGGAAAAGUUGAGAUAGACAAGAAAUAUGAUUGUUCUAUCAGGUAUUUGGCUCCAACAAAAGAAUGUUCAGGAACUUUAGUUAUCGAAAAUCUUUUGGAAGAUUUUACUUUACUUGAAGCUCUUAGAAUUUUUGAACUUGGUGAUAUUUCUAAAAUCCCUACUCUCGGAAAUCUGCUCGCAAGUACAAGUAUUUCAAAAAUUAAUAUUAAUUUGAAUAAAAAUUCAGCUUUCUCCAUUCAAGAAUUAUCUAUAGAUCUUAAAAUAGACAAUCUUAAUUUGGAACCUCUAAAUAUUAAUAAUGCGAAAGUGAAAAUUUUUUAUUCCACUGCAAAAAAUGAAAACCAAUCAGUGAUCCGGAAAUAUAAUAUUGAGGGUACAAUAAACGAUACAUUGCUUGCAAAAUUGAGCUAUGAUAAUAAAGAACAACAAAUUCGAGCUACUUUGUCACCUUACAAAGAACAAACCCUUGCAAAAACUGUCGAUUUGUUGAUACCUUUGAUAAUAGAAACAUUUGAUAAUUCUAUAUUUAAAACUAACCUUGAUAAAUUAACAUUAAAAUAUCAUAAAGAAGCACUAUUUAAUUUAGAAGCUGAAAUAUCUCGUCAGAAUUUAAAACCAUACGAUAACAAACUUUGUACAAAGAUAGUAAUUGAUUGUAAAAGAAAUAAAAAUUGGUUGACAGUUAAAGCUUCGAUAAUACCAAUUGAACAAACUUCCUUAUCUUUAAUUGAUUUAUUAAAUCUUGUCACGGGGGGAUGUAAAUUUGAGUUACCUAAAAAUUUAUCAAAUUUGCCAAUAUUUGAUAAUCUUAUAGUAGAAGACGAAAGUUUUGUCGAAAUCUCAUUAACACCUUUUGAGAUAAUCAAAUAUACCGUUUCGGUGAAAAGUAAUACUUCUUAUAAACUAUUGGAAGAGCCUUUAAUUAGGUUAGAAACUGUUGGAGUUUUGGUUAAUUAUGAUCGCAGUAAGCCUAAGGAUAAAACAUGUGAAGGAAUGCUAUUUGGAACGGUUGUUCCGAGUUAUGCUAUUAAAAUCUUAUUAGUAGUCUCAAAAUCUGAAAAAGUCAAUGGAGACAUUGUUGUCGCAAGUUUCCUAGCUACUACAGAAAAAGGAAUUUAUUUUUCAGACAUUGCCAGUGUGUUCCUACAAUGGGAAGAUAAGAGUAAAUGGUUAAAUCGCGACGUAAAACAAUUGAAAUUUAGAGCAUCAUUACCAAAUGAACUAAAUAAGAUUUCUGAUCAAUUAUUUUCCAAUACAUCGACCAAUCCAGAAGCCUAUCUUUACAUUAAUAUUACAAAAAAGGUUGUUGCAUUAUUUGCAAGAAUCGAAUCAAUUGGAGAUGCUUUGCUCUUGGUUAAAAAAUCACCUCAAGAAAAUAAGAGAGAAUAUAUUUUCGCUAUUAACACUCGUGAAAGUUUUAAAUUCGGUGAUAUUUUCAACUCUUCAAAUGAUGUAUAUAAAAUAUUACCACUUACACGAGGCAAUAUUCUAUAUUUAUCAGGCUCAAAUUUAAUGUUUGAUCAAAUUGACGAAGAAUUGAACUCUAUAUGUUUGACACUAGAGAAAUUAUUAAAUGUUAAAAUUAAUUCGCUCAUAACGAUUAAAUUACCAAAUAAUCGAGAGGAUGUUUACGUUCCGGAAUUAAAGCCUGGAAUGUGGUUGUAUGCUGAAUUGAAUUACAAUAUACCAUAUAGUGCUUUUUCAUCAAAGAGCGAAUUCAAUGCAGCUAUUACUAACUUGACCUUUUAUGGUGGUAUAAGUUUUGAAAGUAUUAAGUUAAAUUUUGUUCCAAACGAUAAGAGAUUAAGAAUUAGUGGGAAUUUAAAUUUUGAGAAAUACUUGAAAACGAAUUGUGUAAUCGAAGGUGAAUUAGAAAUUGAAGAAAAGAAAUCCAAAUUUGAUGAUAAUUCUGAUAAAGAAAAGAAAGAAAAGUCUACUACAUUGUUAUCGGGAGAUAUCUUAUUUAUAGAAGGGAUACCAUAUAUUAGUAGAGUGUUUAUCAAAAAAGAAGUUAGCAUUAAGUAUUUACUUUCUAUAGCAUUUUCUGAAGGUCUUAAAGACCAAACAUGGCUCCAAAAGCUUCCGGAUAUUUCUUUUAGUGAAGGUGAAUUGUAUUAUUCAGUUUUACCCGAUAGUUUGGAAAGCUCAUAUAACAAAAUUAGAAAGAAUUAUAAGAAAGAUUUCAACGCUAAGGCUCGUAUAAAUUUAUUUGGAAAAAACUUCUUGAUCACAGCCAAAAUUAUUAAAGGACAAGGAAUAAUAAUUGAAUUGAUUCGUGAUGAAAAAGAAUCUGAGAUAGAUCUUGAAUUUGUCAUAUUGCAUGAUUAUAAAUUGAUAAUACAAAAAAAGCCAGGAUCAAAAAAUAUGAGCAUUGAGAUGAAAGGUUCACUCAAAUUUUUAGGCACGGACUUUGAACUUGUUCUAACAUUCAAUCCAAAAUAUCGGAGAUUAGAAGGAUCUAUCAAAGCUAAUGAUAAGAUUUUUGGAAUGGAUCCAUUGCUUGAGGUGUAUUGGUCUAAAAUGAACGGAUUUAUAAUUUCUAAAUGGCCGAUAAUUGGUGAGUUAUGUUGGAAAGCGGAAGAUUUUGCAAAAUUAAUCGAAGAAAUUUCGAAAAAAUCCAUAUUUUGUACUGUAAUUAAAGAACUUAAACUAUAUGAAGAAUUUGAAGGAAAGUUGAAAAUAGAAUCCAAACAACAUCUUCCUAGAAUUCCAGGAAAAGACUUUUCCCUUGAUGUCUUUGGUUAUUACACAAUUAUUAUAAAAGCUCCAAAUAAAGAUCCAACUUAUAUUGAAGAGAUCCCGAUAUCUUUCCGAUUUGAUAUAGAGUUUCCAAAAGAAAUUUUGAGAGAAUUUUUUGAAAACAAUCUAAUUAUAUAA